ACAAUUUUCAUAAGGAUUCGUCAUAAUAGUUGAAUCUAACCUGUAAUUGCUCUUUAAAUAUUGUUGAUGAAGUAAAGUAUUUAAUCAUUAAAUAUCAAAUAUAUAUAUAUAUGUAAAAGUCUGUAAACAUCAAGCAAAAAGGUGAAAAUAUACAAUUGGAAACAUAUUUUGUAAAAAAUGUCUGCCUUUUUGUUUUAUACUUUGUUUUAUAUUUUAAUGUCAGGAUGUAUCAUAUAUCCACCUACAGAAUUUGUGUCAGCCGGCCUAACCAUAAAAGAUAUAUUUUCGAAUUUGUUAGGCAGUGAAAAUGAAUUUUUUGUGCAAUAUCACAUAAGAAAAAGUGUCAUUACGUUACUUAUAUAUUCUAUGCUCCCGUUUGGUUAUGCGUUUGGUUUAAUUCUGUUUGGACACAUAGACGCUGUCAAUGUAUUAUUAAGUCAUGUCAAUUUAUGGUCAAUUUAUGUUACUUGUUCUAUAUUGAUACCACUAUAUACUUUAUCUAAAAUUUUAAUAUGGUCGAUGAAUAAUUGGAGCAAGCAUCCUAUAGCGAAAAAUCUUGCAGUUUACUGUAACAGCAAUAACAAUAAUAACAGUAUACCAUGGACUACAGUAGCUUCUGAUAUUAAUGUAGAAUAUCAAAGAAUAGAUAAGAUAAUACUUACUACAAAUAGUAUAACAUGUGUAAUAGCUACUGAUAAUUGGAUAAUUAAAGUUCUACCUUAUACAGUAAUGGUUGCCCAUCAGAGUGAUACAGCUUUAAUAGUUAACAGAAGUGACACUCAUGAAAUGUCACCUGUGACAAGAGGAGAAGUUCAGUUUAUUAAUAUUGAGGUAAAACCUACUAGAACAGGAUCACAGCCUUUUGACAUACGAUUAAAUGUAUUUGAUUUUAAAAAUCUGCAAGACAAAGUCUCUCGUCCCAUCACUAUAUUACAAAACAUUAAAUUUCAUAAAACUUUACUUGAUAAAUUCAUUGAUAAUUUUAAAGAACAUGUACAAGAAAAUCCACAUUAUGGAUAUGCAGAGGAAUUAAGUCAAUGUAUAGGAUGUAUGCAAGCUUUAUCAAAUGUAAAAUUACAUAAACAAUGUAGUAGUGGUAUAGGAAGUGGAAAUCCUGAAGACUGCAUGGUAUGUUACUGUCGUCCAAUGUGGUGCAUAGAAUGUAUGGCAAAAUGGUUUGCAUCAAGACAAGAUGAAAAUGCACCUGAAACAUGGUUAUCUUCUAAAUGUACUUGUCCAGUAUGCAGAGCACGAUUUUGUAUUUUAGAUGUAUGUCUUAUACAGUCAAUUUAAAUAUAAAACUAAUAUUUUAAUACAUGAUUA